GCCGCACUGGACCAUGUGCCGCAGGUUCUCUUACAUCGACCGCCUAAGAGUCGCGCUGUAAGAAAGCAUCACCCUCCUCCUCCUCCUCUUCUUCUUCUUCUUCCCCCCUCGGCCGCCCGCUCCGUCGCCCCCAAGCCGCCAGCAUGCGUGAGUGCAUCUCCAUCCACGUCGGCCAAGCCGGGGUCCAGAUCGGCAAUGCCUGCUGGGAGCUGUACUGCCUGGAACACGGUAUCCAGCCCGAUGGCCAGAUGCCCAGUGACAAGACCAUCGGGGGAGGGGACGACUCCUUCAACACCUUCUUCAGCGAGACAGGCGCGGGCAAGCACGUCCCCAGGGCUGUGUUUGUCGAUCUAGAGCCGACCGUCAUCGAUGAAGUGCGCACUGGGACGUACCGCCAGCUCUUCCAUCCCGAGCAGCUCAUCACCGGCAAGGAAGAUGCCGCCAACAACUAUGCCCGUGGGCACUACACCAUUGGCAAGGAGAUCAUCGACCUGGUGCUGGACAGGAUCAGGAAGCUGGCGGACCAGUGCACAGGCCUUCAGGGCUUCUUGGUCUUCCACAGCUUUGGAGGUGGCACUGGCUCUGGUUUCACCUCUCUGCUGAUGGAGCGCCUUUCCGUCGAUUACGGCAAGAAGUCCAAGCUGGAGUUCUCCAUCUACCCGGCCCCUCAGGUGUCCACGGCCGUGGUGGAGCCCUACAACUCCAUCCUGACCACCCACACCACCCUGGAGCACUCCGACUGCGCCUUCAUGGUGGACAACGAGGCCAUCUACGACAUCUGUCGCCGCAACCUGGACAUCGAGCGCCCCACCUACACUAAUUUAAAUAGGUUGAUAGGCCAGAUCGUGUCCUCCAUCACCGCCUCCCUCCGGUUUGACGGGGCCCUGAAUGUGGAUCUGACCGAAUUCCAGACCAACCUGGUGCCCUAUCCCCGCAUCCAUUUCCCCCUAGCCACCUACGCCCCGGUCAUCUCUGCUGAGAAGGCUUACCAUGAGCAGCUUUCUGUAGCCGAGAUCACCAACGCGUGCUUCGAGCCAGCCAACCAGAUGGUCAAGUGUGACCCUCGCCACGGUAAAUACAUGGCCUGUUGCCUGUUGUACCGUGGCGAUGUGGUGCCCAAAGAUGUCAAUGCUGCCAUCGCCACCAUCAAGACCAAGCGUACCAUCCAGUUUGUGGACUGGUGCCCGACUGGCUUCAAGGUGGGCAUCAACUACCAGCCCCCGACUGUGGUCCCCGGGGGCGACUUGGCCAAGGUUCAGCGGGCCGUGUGCAUGCUGAGCAACACGACCGCCAUUGCCGAGGCCUGGGCUCGCCUGGACCACAAGUUUGACCUGAUGUACGCCAAGCGUGCCUUUGUCCACUGGUACGUGGGGGAGGGGAUGGAGGAAGGAGAGUUCUCGGAGGCGCGGGAGGACAUGGCGGCCCUAGAGAAGGAUUAUGAGGAGGUCGGUGUGGAUUCCGUGGAAGGAGAGGGUGAAGAGGAGGGAGAGGAGUACUAAAGUAAAAUGUCACAAAGGUGCUGCUUUCACAGGGAAACUUAAUCUUUAAGCAUACACAAGUUUUGGUCCAGUCAGUUAAUCUGUAUGAAGCGGUGUAUGCUGUAACAUACAUAUUUGCUGUACAAUAACUGAUCUGUGCUCUAAAACAUGAGUUUUCUUACAGACCCAAGCCGUCCAAUGGGGUUUGAAUAAAAGCAUUCCCUGUCUUAAAUGA